UAUUACAAUACCUGCUUGCAAAGGAUUAUUUGGCAUCUGAAAUAACUAGUUUGUAAUCUUCCUACAGAUUGCAAGGACCCUCUCCGUAAAAGAUGUACUAUUUGUUGUCUUUACUCUUAGUGGUAAUCAGUCUUUUAGAUGCAUGAGUGGAGCUUCACUGACCCCUUGUGAUGAAAAGGUUGGGUUGACUCAACAAAUACUUUUAAUAGGUGCUUCGAUAUUCUAAAGAUUAAUAACUUACAGUAAACAUGAAUGAAUGGUUCACUUGACCAAGAAAAUUAUUUAAAUUGUAGUGAAGAAACUUUAAGGGCCCUCAAAUUGGAUUUAUUUUUUGGAUGAUCAACGGGAAUAGGAUGGAAGAGAAAGUUGGAAUUAUCUGUAAUGUUAUAAUUAGUGGAAAAAAAUGGAGACCGUAAUGCUAAAAAUGACCUUUCGGCGCAGUCAACGCGAUGGAGGCUAGAAUGACGGUAUUAGAAUUGACCGCACAAUCGGUAAUUUUCUAAAGUAUUUGCCGCGUUUCGAUAUGGAACGUAGGCGAUUUUUUUAAUAGCUGCAGCUGGGCAUCUUUAAUAAGCUCAAUAUUCGUUCAUACCUGCAUAAAAUUCUAUGGGUUUCCGUAUCAUGUAUGUGUUUCAUGUUAAUGUAGUAGUGUCGGAACUUUUCUUAAGCGACACUGAGAGGUACUAUUUCCAUAACGUACUCCUGUUUGAUAAACAAGUAUCACACCAAUAGCCGAACAUGAUGUAAGAAUUUUCUCCAAUCAGCGAAGACGGUAGGCGGAAAAACUGGUCUUUAGGAGGCGGAAGUAAUUGUAACAAUCGGAUCGUAGCCCAAAGUACAAAGUGUGGGUCCUUAAGUCAAAGAGGUCACAGUUUGUGUUAUACUGACCUCCAUGCCUGGAAGCGUGCCAUUACAACUUCCUCCUCCUCCUCCUCCUUCUUUUACCCCCUUGUGACAACAUAUCUGGCUCAGGAUGGAUAUUGUGAUUGCAAAGGUGCUCUGCCUGCUUGGCGUGUUUGUCUUCAUGAUGGUAGGAUCACUUGUUCCUGUGUGGAUCAUUCAAGCAGAUUAUGAGAAGGCCUACCGAUCAAGAAAGAUUCUGUCUCUUUGCAACUCCUUUGGGGGUGGUGUCUUCCUAGCCACAUGCUUUAAUGCACUGCUCCCUGCAGUGCAAGAAAAGGUAGCUGAUGUCUUGCAACGGGUCAACAUUAAGACAGAUUAUCCUCUGGCAGAGACGAUGAUGCUGGUUGGCUUCUUCUUGACGGUGUUUGUUGAGCAGGCAGUGCUCACCUUUCGCAAAGAGACACCCCCUUUCAUUGACCUGGAAACCUUCAAUGCUGGUGGUUCAGAGGCAGGUAGUGACUCGGAGUAUGAAAGCCCAUUCAUCAGUGCCUCCCAAGGGGGCAGCCGCCACCAUCACCAUCAUCACAGUAACCACCUGCGACCAUCAGAACUAGCCCGUGCUGGUCCUUUGCGCCUUGCCAGCUUAGUCUUUGCACUGUCAGCCCACUCGGUUUUUGAAGGAUUGGCACUGGGGCUGCAAGACAAAGGGGCAAAAGUCACAAGCCUUUUCCUUGGAGUGGCAAUCCAUGAGACACUUGCAGCAGUGGCUCUGGGAGUCAGCAUGGCCAAGGCAUCACUGUCCAUUAAGGAUGCAGCCAGAAUUGCUACCAUAGUGAGCUUGAUGAUUCCUCUGGGAAUUGGGGUGGGGAUGGGUAUUGAGAGUGCCCAGAAUCUUGCUGGCAGUAUCACUUCGGUGGUUCUUCAAGGUGUGGCAGCUGGCACUUUCUUGUUUGUGACCUUCUUUGAGAUUUUGGCCCGUGAACUGGAAGAAAAGCAAGACCGGCUCCUUAAAGUUCUGUUCCUCAUUCUGGGAUACACAGUGCUGGCCAGCUUGAUCUUUAUCAGGUGGUAAGGAUUUGCUGGUCAACAUGGUGUUCUUUCUUUUAGACUGUUGGAAAUAGGGAAGAGUGUGGACGCUUUUGAGUCAUGUCACAACAGAUGGACCUUUUUCUGCAUCAUGCUCCUCUCACGCUAAAGCACUACUGCAUUCUGAAUCGGUGGUACACUGUUGAUAUAAUCAGUUUGAGUGUUGAAGUGUGUGUGUCUGACAGUAAGAGUGAAUGUGUUUGCAUAUGCAUGAUCACACUCUUCGCUAAGAGUUAGCAAGUAUUUGUCUUCAUAUAUGUGAGUUUGUGAAUGAGUAUCUUUUUGAGCGUUUGUGUGGUAAGACCAUAACUUAUCUAUUGGUGUGUAUGUGUCAGCAAGUCCCUUUGGUUAGUGUGACGGCAUGCGACUAUGCUCAAACCCAAGUGUCUAUAAAGACUGCAGAUUUAUUAAAAUCAAAAGGGGGUAGUUAAUUAAACACAGUGUAAGUUCAUUCUCACUGAACCGUUAAUAAAAGGGUCUGGUGGUGUCCUAAUUGUUAUGGGGGUGUCUGAUAAACUUUGGCCUAAGAAUUCCACAAAAUUCCCAGUUCCAUUUAUUUCUGACUCACAUUCUUUUUAGGCUACUCCACUUUUAUGCUUAUGAACUGUUGUCUUUUGGUUUAUAACUCCAUCUCCCAUCUUCUUGGAAGAGAACAGCUGUUUAUACUACAGAUUAGUUCAACACUUAACUUUAUGUGCCAACACUCAUGUGUAGUAUCAACCAGUGCUGUUAACGUGUCCCUAUAAUCUGAGUCUACAGUAUAUAAAGCUGUUAGGAAGGAAGAAAAGAGGAAAUGUGUUACUGAUCUAAAUAUGACAUAUUUAAAACUGCUUGGUUGUAUUUUAUGGUAAUCUAUUGGGAAAUUAACAACACAGAAAUGGAUGGUUGAAAAAAUGUCAGUUCAAUACAAACUGAUAGUACUGUUAGACCAGUGGUGGGUAAAGUUGUUCCUGGAGGGCCGCAGUGGCUGCAGGUUUUUGUUCCAACCCAGUUGCUUAAUAAUAAGAAGCACUUACUGCCCGAGUAAUACUUCUGCUUCAUUUUAGUUGACUCGCUCAUUAAGAUUUUGAACCCUUAUUGCUCAUUUUAGUCUUAAACAGCUGUAGUCUCGGUUUUUGCUCAUUAAGUAGCAAUAGGCUGCAAAUGACAAAAGAAACCAACAUUUCUCCAUUUAGCUUGUUUCUGAUUUCACCCGUGUGUGUGUGUAUUGUGCACUACUUGAUUUAAUUAAAUACUUCAAAGUCAAAAGUCAAAGUGAACUUUAUUGUCAUCUCAGCCAUAUACAAGUAUACAGAUAGACGAAAUUGCGAAGCUCAGGGUCCACAGUGUAACAACAUGAUGUGCAAAUAAUAAUUUAAAAAUAGAAUUAAAAUUUAAAUUAAAAAUUAAAACACAAACAAGACAAGACAUUGUGCAAAGACAAGACAAAGAAGUAGCAGCAAUAUCGAUGUGUAAGAUAUGUAAUAUAAUAAAUAAAUUAUAGAUAAUACAGAAACGAUCGGUGUAUGAUCAUAGUUGUUUAAGACGUGUAAACAAUGACAGGUCAGAAUGUUUCACAGCAGAAGGAUAACAAGAGUGUCAAAAUACUUAAAGGUCAGUAGGAGAUUUUCAGUUCUUUUCUACCUGCACACUCGUCUUUGCGGGACAGUGGCUCACAUGUAUAAAAGUUCUGUUUUUACAGGUGGUUGAGGCCGUGUGGAAGGUCCCAGGGGGCAGCCUGGUGUUAAGGAGUCUAACAGCUUGGGGGUAAAAACUCUCCUGCAGCCUGGCAGAUCUGGCUUUGAUGCUGCAGUAUCUUCUCUUGGAUGGCAGAAGUGUGAAAAGUCCAUGUGAUGGCUGUAAGGGGUCUUGCACAAUGCUGCAGGCCUUGCGGACACUGCGUUUGUAAAAUAUGUCCUGUAGUGAAGGGAGAGGCACCCCAAUAAUAUUCUCUGCUGUCUUCACUAUCCUUUGCAGGCGCUUGCGGUCGGAUAUGUUGCAGUUGCCAUACCAGACUGUGAUACAGCUGGUCAGAACACUCUCAAUGGUGCCUCUGUAGAACAUGGUGAGGAUGGAAGGGGAAGACGUCCUCGCUUCAGCCGCCUCAGGAAGUGUAGUCUCUGCUGGGCUUUCUUGAUAAUUGAUGAGGUGUUAUUAGGUGUUACUUGGAAAUAAAGUGAAGAGAAAAAAGUGAAGGACUGAGAAUUACUUAUCCAUUUUUAGGCUUCAAAUCAUUUUAUGAUAUACUUGGAAAGGAAGAAAAAUCAAGGAUAUGAGAAUGACCUGACAUGGCAGAGUUAAACCACUAACAUGCCAUGAAAUUAUUGAUAAGGAUUGUUUUCUAAUUAAGAAAAUGGGUUGGAACAAAAACCUACAGGUACUGCGGCCCUCCUGGACUGACUUUGCCCACCCCUGUGUUAGACCAUAAUACGGAAAGCAUUUUUCAGUAACAUAAACUCAUGGGAUAGGGGUGACUUUUUUGUUUUAGAAUUUUUGGUUAAAUGAUUAUUAAAGCCUUUCCACAUCCUUAGAAGGUAGACUUUUUUAUCCUUAAUGUAAUGAUUGGAGACAGUUGUUCAGGUUAUUUGUUUCACUUCUUUGUACAGUAUGUUGUGUCGUUUUCCAGGAAUAUGUUUACUUCAUAUACAUUCUGGAUCAAGUGUUUCUGUAAAUAACAACCCAUCCCCAUCCUCCCCUACAAACCAAAUAUCUCUUUAUUACCAACUUUAUUUCAGUCAGAUAAAUUUGGAUUGUUUUACUUUUUGAUUUUCACAAGGUGGCAGUGUCUGACAAAAGUAGAUUUUUUAAUAGGAGAAACCUUAUUGCCAUGUGUAAGUUUUGGCUUUGGAAGAGUAACAAGACAGUAAAAUAAGAAGAAAUAUCAAGAAUCCUUGUUGUUGCUAUGAGCAGUAGGUGGAAUGCUAUGAACUGGGCCUGUAUCUUUUUAUGACACACUAUCUCCCUAAUUUGAUGGUCUUUCCCCCAAACAUCCCCUCUGCUGCUAUUUUUCUUCCUAUCUGCUUGUGGGUAGAUCUUAGGUACAAUUGAAGUUUUGGAAGAAAAAUUGAGACUUUGUUUACCUUCCCUUUUUUUGUUUUCAGUGGGGCUACAGUAUCUUGGUUCUCAAAAGCUACAUGCAUUCCCAAAGUUCAUCUGGAGAGUUCAUUAUCUACUUGAUUGUGGACAGACUGAUUGAUCUAGGUGGAGGCUGUGCUAGUCUUUUUCCCAGGAGAUCUUGGCAUCAUUUCUCAUGCUAUCCUCUGCUGUUGCUGUUUAGUGAUGGUGAAUGGGUGUGUUUGUGCCAAUAUGGUGCUAGUUACUGUGCAGAUUUCCCGUUUUACUACUGAGAUUUUAAUAUUUUGUUCAAACUCAAAUACAGAAUGGUUACCUUACUUGAAUUUCUUCACAUUUCAAAUAUCAUGGAGCCACUUGGAGAAACGAAAGAUGAACGACAUGACCUGCACCUCAUCUUGAGUAUUUUCGAUCACUGAGUGGCCCGCAAUGUGGGCAAUGGAAUAUUGCUCCUCUGUAAUAUACAUACACACUGGGACUGUUUUAUUGGGUUUGCUCUGAUAUCAAAAUGUUCUGUGUAUAAGCUUUUAGGAAGUGGUUUGACUUUCCGGUCUUGUAGAUUAUUUUAUUGAAAUGCUUAAAAAAAGCGAAUAAAUUGCUCAAAAUAGUU